UAUUCAUUUUAGAAAUGCAAAUUUUUUUUAUUUAAAUAAUGCAAAAAAGGAUUUAAUGGAGUCCUGAAGCAACUAGGGGUCGGAGGAAGAAGGUGGCUCACCUCUCACUUUUCUCUCCUCUAAAACCUACUGAAACCAAAUCUGAACCACAACCACAUUAACAUUCUUGAACUGAGACAACAAUUGACGAGAACAAAACCACCCAACAACACAACCACCCCUCUGAAACAAACAGAAAAAUGCAAUUAUCCUAUUCCAUGUUUUCCCUCUCAAAAUCCAACUUCUCUCCUGUUCGCCCCACCCUCCCUCCGGUUCGCUGCGGCAUCCGCGAGCUCCGCCAACGAAUCCACACCGUCCAGACCACUCAAAAGAUCACCGAAGCUAUGAAGCUCGUCGCCGCCGCUAGGGUCCGCCGCGCUCAGGAGGCCGUCGUCAACGGCCGCCCCUUCGCCUCAAACCUCGCAGAAAUGCUGAACGACAUCACCCAGCGCCUAAAAAGCGACGACGUUUCCACCCCCCUCACUGAUGCCAGACCCGUCAAGACCGUCGCCCUCGUCGUUUUCACCGGCGACCGCGGCCUCUGCGGCGGUUUCAACAAAUGGGUAAUAAAAAAAGCCGUCACCCGAAUCGAGGAGCUGAAGAAACUCAAUCUGGAAUGCGUUGUUAUAAGCGUAGGCAAAAAGGGUAACUCGUAUUUUACUCACAACAAUGAAAGGAAACACCCUUUUGUUAAAGUCGACAGCUUUAUCGAAAUUGGAGGUUUUCCCACAGCAAAGGAGGCUCAGGUCAUUGCUGAUGAUGUUUUCUCAUUGUUUGUUAGUGAGGAGGUGGAUAGAGUCGAACUUGUGUACACUAGGUUUGUUUCACUGGUUAGGUUUGAACCUGUGGUUCAGACUUUGCUGCCUCUGGGGGAGGUUUAUGAUGUGAAAGAUGAUGUUUUUAGGUUGAGUUCUAAGGAGGGGAAGCUGGCUGUGGAGAGGGAUGUUGUGAGGUUGAGGAAAGAGGGUGAGGUGUUUUCCCCUCUUAUGGAGUUUGAGCAGGAUCCUGUUCUCAUUCUUGAUGCCAUGUUACCUCUUUAUUUGAAUAGUCAGAUUUUGAGGGCGUUGCAGGAGUCUGUAGCUAGUGAGCUUGCUGCUAGGAUGGGGGCCAUGGCUUCUGCCACCGAUAACGCUGUUGAAUUGAGUAAAAGACUUUCGGUUGAAUACAACCGGGAGCGGCAGGCGAAGAUUACAGGGGAGUUGCUGGAGAUUGUGGCUGGAGCCGAGGCUCUUAGACCAAUUGACUUAUGAAUGUCACUUGGUUUUGGUUUUCCUUUCAUGGGGUAUCAGUUGUUGGAGAUUGUGGCUGGAGCUGAGGUACUAACACUAAUUGACUGGUGAAUGUCACCUAGUUUUGGUUUCCCUUAUCGCUUGGAUCCUUUCUAGAUGCAUUUGGAUCAGCCUCAAUUUGAGUAGUUGAAUUUGUCAUUGUAUAACAAUAAUGGAGAAGAGGGAAUUGGAUAUAGAAGAGAUUUCAGAUGGAGAUAUAAGUCUUUCAGGAGAGUUACCAUGUUAGAAGCAUGAGAUAUGGGCAUUCUGAACCAGAUUAAAAGUUUCCCUACAAGAUUUCUCUUUGUUUGAGAUUUUGAUCAGACAUCACUCUUUCUCUCCUCAGUGAUUGUUGAGUAAUGACAAACUUAACAGCUUAGAUCUCAGUUGGAUGGAAUCCAGUUGGAGAGGACCCAAACUCAAGUGCCAUUGAGUAUAGUUCCUAACUUUAUGAAACUAAGUCUUAAAAUUUGUAAAAUGUUGGAAAGUGUUAUUCACUUUAGUCCUUGUGCCAAUGAAAGUGGUAGAGAAAAAGGAGCAACAGUGGGAAUGACACUUGCAAGCUGCGACAUCCGCGAAACUAGGCAACGAAAUGAGUUUUCUAAAGUUAGGAUUAAAGUGAAUGAUGCUUUCAAUUUGCAUGCUAAAGUGAGGGUUUCACAGUAUGGGGUUGAAGAGUUUCCAACUUCACUGAUAGAGUCUUAAAGUUGAUAGAGAAAUCAAUCAUGUGGAGAGUUUUGACCCGUGUUCAAAAAAGUGCAUUGCUUUCCUUUAA